UCGAAGGGCGAGGAAAGAGGCCUUUUCCUCCCCCUCUUGACCCCCUUCACUAAGAUUUUGGUGUAUCGUUUAAGAUCUGGGUAUCCCCAGGGGUUUGAUUGUAGGAACCCCCACAAAUACCAAAAUCCGUGGAGGCCCAAGUCCCUUAUAUAAAAAGGAGUAAUGUUUACCUAUAACCCAGCACAGUUUUCCUCGUAUACUUUUAACCCUUUCAAGAUUGCUAAUAAUAUCGAAUGCAAUGCGGAUGCUGUCAGCAUUUAUAAACAUGAAGUAAAUGCUAUAUAAAUACAAUGUAAAUGUGAAUACGGUGUAAAUAGUUGUCAGGGCCCAGCAAAUUCAACUUUUGCUUUUUGGAACUUUCUGGAUAUUAUCUCCCCCCCGCCCCCCAGUUUUUUUAAUACACUCUUGGUGGAAUUUUCAGUUGCAGGACUUGAGCAUGUGGAAGGGCUCUUCAUUUUCUGUGUGGAGUGCUUUGUUACUUGCCCGUUUUGGAGUGUGUACAAUGCGCAUGCCCCAUAUUGCCCUCCACCGUCUUUACAAGCCAACACUAGCACUUUCCAGUGUGACUGCAAAUGUUUCCAGUCGAACCUGAGACACUGCAGGCAGGAUGGGAAGACAGUUGCACUGUUUCUUAAAAAGUCAGACAUAAAGUUAGCAGACAACCCAGUAGUGCCACCUCCUAGGAAUCUCCCUGAGAAGUGGAAACACAUGGGCACCAAGUGGAAACAGCACUCUGAGACUUACAGGCCUAUUCAUAGCAGCAUAAUUCAUCUUGCCCCAAAGUGGAAACAGCACAAAUGCCCAUCAGCUGGUGAAUGGAUAAAGAGGAUGUGGUUUAUUCGUAAAAAAUGGAAUACUGAUGUACACAACAAUGCAGAAAAACCUUAAAAAACAUGCAAAAUGAAAGAAGCCACAUGUGAAAUACUGCAUUCUCUAGGAUUCCAUCUAUAUCAGAAGUCUGGGGCUGAGGUCUCUGUUCAUCACCUCAUGCGCUGCCUGUCUCCAUAAAGCUGCAUUCCGUGCUGCCUGUCGGAGAGCUCCAUCUCAUCUCGUCUCGUCUCACCUCACGGUCCUGGCACUGCCUCAGCAUGGCCAUCUCAUCACGCCUCGCCCUGUGGGAGCAGAAGAUUCGGGAAGAGGACAAGAGCCCUCCACCGUCCUCGCCCCCUCCCCUUUUCUCUGUCAUCCCAGGGGGCUUCAUUAGGCAGCUGGUCCGAGAGACUGAGAAAGAGUCCAAGGAAGCUAGACUGAGGAAAGAGGCAGCUCUUGCCUCUCCGGAACGAGAGAUCCCAGAGGUUUCUGCUGGCCAGCCCAGCACUGGCACCAAGCCUGGGAGCCAGAACGUCCAGUCAGGCUCCCCCCAGAGCACAGACAUUCUGGGCAGGAAGGGCGAGGAGUCUGGGACCAUGGACCCUGUGCUGAUGACCAUCAAUGGCGAGAAGCCCCAAGAGUCAGGCUCCAGUGGGACACCCGCCAAAAAAAGCCUGCCCUUCAAGAGAGGGGUGAGGAGGGGUGACGUGCUGUUGAUGGUGGCCAAGCUGGACCCGGACUCCGCCAAGCCAGAGCAGAGGACCCAGCCCCGCGAUGCCCCUGCUUCCAAGACCCCAUCCCCAGCCACGGAUCCUGGAGGGGGAAAGGAGGGGGACACCCCAGGGACUCCUCGUGGCCCCCAGGCCAGCACCACAGAUGCACCUCCGAAGGCUGAGAAGACGCAGACUGGGGGCCUUGGGGACCCAGGAACUGUGCUGCUGACAAAAGGGGAGAAGGAUCAAGGCACAGUGCGAAAAGGGGGCGAGGCCCCCCAGACCAAAGGGGUGACAAAGGGGGAGCUCCAGGGCAAAGAGGGGUCGGGGGACGGGGGUCAACCAGGGGCAGCGGAGAAGGGGGCAGGGGAUCCCCUAAACAAGGGGGCAAAGGGGAGUCUCUCCAAGGAUGCAGCAGGUGAAGGGAAGUGGGCUGGGGCCCAAGCCCCGGUGAGAAGGUGGGGAGGUUCCCUGGGCAGAAGGGGCAAGUGGGACAGUCCCCAGUGUAAGAAGGACAAAGAAGGUGCACUCCUGAGUAAGUCAGACAAGACGGAGGAGCCUCAGACCAAGGCGGAGAAGACUGGCAAAGUGCCAGGGAAGCGGGGGGAGGCUCCCAGAGCCAUGGACAAGACAGGUGAGCCUCAGAGCAGGACUGGGAAAGCAGGUGAGCCCCCAGGCAAGAUGGAAAAGAUGGGGCCACCUCAGAGCGCCUCUGCAGAGGCGGGUAAGGCUGGGGGUAAGGCAGAGAAGGACGAUAAAGCCCCCAAGGAGGUGGAUGCACAUGGGGCUACCCCGACAAUAGCUGGUAAGGAGGACCAGCCUGAGAGCAGACGACAGAAGGCAGAGGAGCCCCGCCCCGGAGCAGGCGAUGGGGCCGGGGCCCUGCAGAGGGAGCCGGGAGGCCCUGGGCAGCCUGCUCUGGAGGGCCAUGCGGAGAAGCCUCAGAGGCCGACGGGGAGCCAGGAGGAGAGCAGAGGAGGCCAGAGUGGAGUUUCGGGGCAGGCUCCUGAAGACAGAUGGUACGAGGCAGAGAAGGUCUGGCUGGUUCAGAAGGAUGGAUUCACUCUUGCAACGGUGCUGAAGCCGGACGAGGGAACAGCAGACCUGCCAGCAGGAAGGGUGCGGCUGUGCAUUGACGCGGACGGUAGCAUCACGGAGGUGGGCGAGGAGCACGUUCACCGGGCCAACCCCCCCGAGCUGGACCAGGCUGAGGACCUGGCCUCCCUCGUCAGUGUCAACGAGUCCAGUGUCCUGAACACGCUUCUGCAGCGCUACCGGGCUCAGCUGCCUCACACCCGCGCCGGGCCCGACCUGAUCUUCCUCCAGCCCCAGGGGCUCACGGCGCCCUCUGCCGGCAAGGUGCCCAGGAACCGCUGGGACGGCCUGCCUGCCCACAUCAGCUCCCUGGCCCAGCAGGCGUACUGGGCUCUGCUGAGCCAGCGGAGAGACCAGAGCAUCGUGACGCUGGGCUGGAGCGGCGCUGGCAAGACCACCUGCUGUGAGCAGGUCCUGGAGCACCUGGUGGGGAUGGCGGGCAGCGUGGACGGCAGGGUCUCAGUGGAGAAGAUUCGAGCUGCCUUCACCGUCCUCCGGGCCUUCGGCUCUGUGUCCACUGGCCACAGCCGCAGUGCCACCCGGUUCGCCAUGGUGAUGUCACUGGACUUCAACGCCACAGGCCGAGUCACGGCUGCCCAGCUCCAGACAAUGCUUUUGGAGAAGAGCCGUGUGGCCCGGCAGCCAGAAGGGGAAGGCAAUUUCGAGGUUUUCUCCCAGAUGCUAGCUGGGUUGGACCUGGAUCUCAGGACAGACCUGUACCUGCACCAGAUGGCGGACAGCAGCUCUUUCGGCAUGGGCCUGUGGCCUAAGCCUGAAGACAAGCAGAGGGCAGCGGCCGCCUUCGCGCAGCUCCAGGGUGCCAUGGAGACGCUGGGCAUUUCAGACGGCGAGCAGAGGGCCAUCUGGCGGGUGCUGGCAGCCAUCUACCACCUGGGCGCGGCGGGGGCCUGCAAAGUGGGCCGGAAGCAGUUCAUGCGCUUUGAGUGGGCCAGCCACGCAGCAGAGGCCUUGGGCUGCGAGUACGAGGACCUGAACACGGCCACCUUCAAGCACCACUUGCGGCAGAUCAUCGAGCAGGUGACGUCUGGGCCGAGCCGCCGGAGCCUGGAGGAUGAGGCAGCCAGCUCAGGGCUCAAGAUGACCGGCGUAGAGUGUGUGGAGGGCAUGGCCUCCGGCCUGUACCAAGAGGUCUUUGCCGCCGUGGUCUCUCUCAUCAACAGAUCCUUCUCCUCCCACCACCUCUCCAUGGCCUCCAUCAUGGUGGUGGACUCUCCAGGCUUUCAGAACCCUCGGCACCAGGGCAAAGACCGGGCCGCCACCUUCGAGGAGCUGUGCCACAAUUACGUUCACGAGCGCCUGCAGCUGCUUUUCUACCAGCGGACCUUCGUCUUGGCGCUGGAGCGAUUCCGGGAGGAAGAUGUUCCUGUGCAGUUUGACCUCCCGGAGUCAUCCCCGGGGACCACGGUGGCUGUGGUGGAUCAGACUCCCUCGCAGCAGGUGCGCCUGCCAGCCGGAGGAGGUGCCGAGGACGCCAGGGGCCUUUUCUGGAUCCUGGAUGAGGAGGUCCGGGUGGAGGGCUCCCAGGACAGCGUGGUGCUCGAGCGCCUCUGUGCCGCCUCUGAGAAGAAAGGAGCUGGAGCUGGAGGAACCUCUGCCCUCCGGAUCUGUGAGCAGCCCCUCCAGUGCGAGAUUGCCCACCAGCUGGGACACGACCCCGUGCGCUAUGACCUCACGGGCUGGCUCCACAAGGCUAAACCCAACCUUGCAGCUCUGGACGCCCCCCAGGUCCUGCAGCAUUCCAGCAGGGAGGAGCUGAGGAGCCUGUUCCAGUCCCGGGCCAAGCUGUCCCCUGUGUGCCGGGCCGUGGCCGGCCUGGAGGGCACCUCCCAGCAGGCCCAGCAGCGGAACUGCGCGGUGCGGAGGACAUUCGCCAGCAGCCUGGCCGCGGUGAAGAGGAAAGCCCCCUGCUCCCAGAUCAAGCUGCAGAUG